AUGGUCAAAAUCACUUUUGCUGGUGUGCCCCUCGCACUUGCCGCCAUCGCUGCCGCCAGUCCCGACUUUGAGAAGCGUCAAGCUUCCAGCUCUAGAUCAGCUUCUCGAGGCUCCUCAACCGCGGCCGGUGCCGUAGCUGCAGCUCCUACCUCGACCUUCACUGGAUCGCUCCCCGCUUCCGUUUCCUCCAUUCUUGCCGGCGUCUCUUCGGGCCCAGGCGCCACCACAUCGACCACCUCGCUCUUUACCACCUAUGCUGCUGGUGCCAAGAACCCCCAGGUAACCGGUGCCCCUGGUCUCCCUGACGUCAACUCGAUCCUGCCCUCCAACUUCCCCACACUCGAUGUGAUCCCACCCACCGACUCGCCUCAGGUGCAGAGGUGGAUCUCGCAGAUUGACUGGUCCAAGGUGCCCAAUGUCACCACCACGGUCGACUCGGCUUCUUGUGGCAGCAACCCCACCAACCUUGCCCAGGCUGGUCCGAACGGCAAUUGUUGGUGGACUUGUGGUCAAUGCACCCGUUCCACGGACAUCACCACCUGCCCUGAUACCAACACUUGGGGUCUCUCGUACGACGAUGGUCCUUCGCCCUACACCCCUACACUGCUCCAAUACCUCAACCAGAACAACCUCAAGUCUACCUUCUUUGUGGUUGGCUCGCGUGUCAUCUCGCGUCCGCAGAUGGUCCAGACCGAGUUCCAGCAGGGUCACCAGAUUUCGGUUCACACCUGGUCGCAUCGUGCUCUCACCACACUUACCAAUGAGCAGAUUGUUGCCGAGCUUGGCUGGACCAAGGAGGUCAUCCGCUCCGUGAUUGGCGUCACACCCAACACCAUGCGUCCUCCUUACGGUGACAUUGACGACCGUGUGCGUGCGAUUUCGCUUCAGAUGGGCCUCACCCCCAUCAUCUGGACCACACCGCCCGGAGGUGAGCCCUACGACACCAACGACUGGCGCAUCGCCGCGGGUGUUGUGUCACCUGCCGAGGUGGUGUACACGUUUGAAUCGAUCAUCAAGAACGCCUCGUCGCUUUCGACCGGCUACAUUGUACUCGCUCACGAUCUUUACCAGCAGGCUGUCGACAUCGCUGUUAACGUCGUGCUUCCCGCCGCUGCUCAAAUGAGCCCCAAGCAGAACCUGAUGCCCAUUGUUCAGUGCCUCAAGAAGCCCGCGUCGGAUGCCUACGUCGAGACGUACUCCAACAGCUCUGGCUCGCUCCCCAACGAGACUGGCGCCUCUGGCACACAUCAGCUCACUUCCACCAAGGCCGCUGCCGGCUCGCUCGCUUCUUCGACUGGGGGUGCUGGCACCUCGGCUGCUGCCAUUGCGUCGAUGCCCUCGUUCGUGCUGCCUACGACCGUGCUGGGUGCUGUGAUGCUCUUCUUCGGUCUUCUCGUCUAA